AUGUCGCAGUUCAAGGGCAUCAUGAAGAAGGGGUGGCACCCCGAAAAGAGCAAGUCGAGCUCCGGGUCUGGCUCGGGGUCGGGCUCCGGCUCGGGUUCAAUCACGGGCAUGGGCAUCAGAAACAAGGCCUCAGGCCUCGUAGGCCGCGGCGGCGGCAAGGACUCGCGAGACGAAGACCGCGCAAACCACGUCUCCCGCCCCCUCUCCUCCCUCCAGGACCCCUCGUCCUUCGCGCCCCCUCCCAAGCGCACCGGCGCCGGCCUCGCCCCCGCGCCGCCCCCCUCGUCCGCCAAGCGCAAAGUCGUCGCCGCACCCUCCAAGUAUCAGGACCCGCGCGCCCCUCCGCCGCCGCGCGAGGAAGAGUACGAGCAGCAACAACAGCUGCAGCUGGAAGCGCCGCCCGAGGAGCCCGCACAACCGCGCGCCUACCGCACCGACACCACCGGCCUGAGGACAGAUAACCUCCCCCCGCCGCCCGGCCGGAGGGACGGCGCCGACGGCAGGAGUCCGCCGCCUUACGAGGCCGUCGCGGGGGGUACGCGUGCCGCUGCUGCGCCGCCGCCCAGCCUUCCCCCACGGCUGCCGCCCCGGACGAACAGCGGGAGCCCGCAGAGCGCGAGUCCGGCGCAUACGGGCGGAAGCGGUGGUGGUGCUGGUGGCGGGUACUUGAACGCCGGGGCCGUCAACAGGUUAGGUGCGGCCGGCGUCUCCGUGCCGGGCUUCGGCAUCGGCCGCUCGAGCCCUGCCCACGCCGCGUCCCCGAGCCCGCCUCCUCCGCGACCCGCCGCCGGCGGAGCGGGCAACAGCAACGGAAACGGAAACGGAAACGGGGGAGGCUACGGCGCGCAGGUCAACGAGCUGCAGAACCGAUUCUCCAAACUGGGCACCUCCUCGCCCGCGUCUGCAUCGUCGCCCGCGCCCCCUCCUCCUCCCAGCCAGGGCACCACAUGGGCGCAGAAGCAGGCCGCCCUCAAGACCGCCUCGUCCUUCCACAAGGACCCCUCGUCCGUGUCCUUCUCCGACGCCAAGGCUGCCGCCAGCACCGCCAACAACUUUCGCCAGCGCCACGGGGACCAGGUCGCCGCGGGCGUCAGGUCCGCCAACAGCCUCAACCAAAAGUACGGGCUCGCGGACAAGGCCGGCGCCCUGGCCGGCCGGGGACAGGUACCGGCGCAAGCCAGCCCCGGAGAGGCCAAUGCUAGUAAUGCCAAUGCUGAUGCCGUGGCCUCGGCGCUGGCGGGCAAGAAGAAGCCGCCGCCGCCGCCACCCAAGAAGAAGCCUGGGCUGUCGAGUGCAGCCCCUGUCAAUGACGACGCGCCGCCGCCGAUUCCCAUGUCUACACGACCUACGUUUUGA